GCCCGGGCGGCGCGAGGCAGCGCGCGGUGAUGUCAGUGGCGGCCCAGCUGGCAGCGGCCGGCACUUCCUGUAUAAAGGCGGGCGGGCCGGGCUGCGACUCCCGCGAGCCGGGGUUGGGCUCUGGGCGGCUGGCGGCGGCGGCGGAGUCGUGGGAGGGCUGUCACCUUGGGGAGCCGGGCUCCUGGCGGCUUCCCCCGGGCCGUGCCUUCCGUUCCCCGUCCCCGGCUCCCGGCGUGACAUCGGCGGAGCGGAGAGCUGGAUGCGCGCGCGCGCGCGCGUGCGGGAGCGGAAGAAUGGCAGUGCUCAAACUCUGCGACCAGCCACCGCUGGUCCAGGCCAUCUUCAGUGGUGAUCCAGAAGAGAUUCGCAUGCUCAUCCACAAGACCGAAGAUGUGAACGCACUGGAUUCUGAGAAACGAACCCCGCUCCAUGUGGCUGCAUUCCUGGGAGAUGCAGAGAUCAUCGAACUCCUGAUUUUGUCAGGAGCCCGAGUCAAUGCCAAGGACAACAUGUGGCUGACCCCACUGCACCGUGCGGUUGCUUCCAGAAGUGAAGAGGCAGUGCAAGUAUUGAUUAAACACUCGGCCGAUGUCAAUGCGAGAGACAAGAAUUGGCAGACCCCCCUCCACGUGGCGGCAGCCAAUAAGGCUGUCAAGUGUGCAGAAGUGAUCAUCCCACUCCUGAGCAGUGUCAACGUCUCCGACCGAGGAGGGCGCACAGCCUUGCACCAUGCAGCUCUGAAUGGACACAUGGAGAUGGUCAAUCUACUCUUGGCCAAAGGGGCAAACAUCAAUGCAUUUGACAAGAAGGACCGGCGUGCUUUGCACUGGGCAGCGUACAUGGGUCACCUGGACGUUGUGGCCCUGCUUAUUAACCACGGCGCUGAAGUUACCUGCAAGGAUAAGAAGGGUUACACCCCGCUGCAUGCUGCAGCCUCCAACGGGCAGAUCAACGUUGUCAAGCAUCUCCUGAACCUGGGGGUAGAGAUUGAUGAAAUCAAUGUCUAUGGAAACACAGCGCUGCACAUUGCCUGCUACAACGGCCAGGACGCUGUCGUGAACGAGCUCAUCGACUACGGUGCUAACGUGAACCAGCCCAACAACAGUGGCUUCACUCCGCUGCACUUUGCAGCGGCGUCCACUCAUGGUGCUCUGUGUCUGGAACUGUUAGUAAACAACGGGGCCGACGUGAACAUUCAGAGUAAGGACGGCAAAAGUCCCCUGCACAUGACGGCUGUCCAUGGAAGGUUCACGCGGUCACAGACCCUCAUCCAGAACGGAGGCGAAAUCGACUGUGUGGAUAAGGACGGGAACACUCCCCUCCACGUGGCCGCAAGAUACGGUCACGAGCUUCUGAUUAACACCUUGAUAACCAGCGGAGCCGACGCAGCCAAGUGUGGAAUCCAUAGCAUGUUCCCCUUACAUUUAGCCGCCCUAAAUGCUCACUCUGACUGCUGCAGGAAGUUAUUAUCAUCUGGCUUUGAAAUAGACACCCCAGAUACGUUUGGAAGAACGUGCCUUCACGCCGCUGCCGCAGGAGGCAAUGUAGAAUGUAUAAAACUCUUGCAGAGCAGUGGAGCAGAUUUUCACAAAAAGGACAAAUGUGGGAGGACCCCUUUGCACUACGCAGCUGCAAACUGUCAUUUCCACUGUAUUAAAGCGUUAGUGACCACGGGAGCCAACGUUAACGAAGCAGACGACUGGGGCCGGACCGCGCUGCACUACGCCGCUGCGUCGGACAUGGACAGAAAUAAGAUGAUCUUAGGAAACGCCCAUGACAAUUCUGAAGAACUGGACAGAACCAGGGAAAUGAAGGAAAAAGAUGCUGCACUCUGCCUUGAGUUUCUGCUUCAAAACGAUGCAAACCCAUCCAUCCGGGACAAGGAAGGCUACAAUAGCGUCCAUUAUGCUGCCGCCUACGGCCACAGACAAUGUCUGGAACUGCUUUUGGAAAGAACCAACACUGGUUUUGAAGAAUCAGAUUGCGUCGCUCCCAAGAGUCCACUCCAUUUAGCGGCUUACAAUGGGCACCACCAAGCCUUGGAGGUCCUUCUCCAGUCACUAGUGGACCUGGACAUGAGGGACGAGAAAGGCCGGACCGCGUUGUACCUAGCGGCUUUCAAGGGCCACACGGAAUGCGUGGAAGCUCUAGUUAACCAGGGCGCGUCCAUCUUUGUGAAAGACAAUGUCACCAAAAGAACUCCACUUCAUGCCUCAGUUGUUAACGGUCACACGCUGUGUUUGCGACUACUACUCGAAAUAGCGGACAACCCGGAAGUGGUUGAUGUGAAAGAUGGCAAGGGACAGACCCCACUGAUGCUUGCCGUAGCGUACGGACACAUCGAUGCUGUCUCGCUGUUACUAGAGAAGGAUGCAAAUGUGGACGCUGUUGACGUUGUGGGGUGCACAGCCUUACAUAGAGGGAUCAUGACAGGACAUGAGGAGUGUGUGCAAAUGCUGCUGGAACAAGAAGCGUCGAUCCUCUGUAGAGACUCCAGAGGGAGGACGCCCCUGCACUAUGCGGCUGCUCGGGGCCACGCCACGUGGCUGAGCGAGCUGCUCCAGAUCGCCCUUUCUGAAGAGGACUGCUGUUUCAAGGACAACCAGGGCUACACGCCGCUGCACUGGGCUUGUUACAAUGGCAAUGAAAACUGCAUAGAGGUACUUCUGGAGCAAAAAUGUUUCCGGAAAUUUAUCGGCAAUCCCUUCACGCCACUGCACUGUGCAAUAAUAAAUGGUCAUGAGAACUGUGCAUCAUUGCUGCUGGGGGCCAUAGAUUCCAGCAUCGUCAGUUGUAGGGAUGACAAAGGCCGGACGACGCUCCACGCAGCAGCCUUCGGUGACCACGCGGAGUGCUUGCAGCUGCUUCUGAGACACGAUGCCCAAGUGAACGCCGCGGACAAUUCAGGGAAGACAGCACUGAUGAUGGCUGCCGAAAACGGGCAGGCAGGCGCGGUGGAUAUUUUGGUGAACAGCGCCCAGGCUGACCUGACUGUGAAGGAUAAGGACUUGAAUACUCCCUUGCAUCUGGCUAUCAGUAAAGGCCAUGAGAAAUGUGCCUUGUUAAUACUUGACAAGAUACAAGAAGAGAGCCUCAUUAACGCGAAAAACAGCGCAAUGCAGACGCCCCUCCAUAUCGCUGCCCGGAAUGGCCUGAAGUUGGUAGUUGAGGAGUUGCUGGCCAAAGGAGCCUCUGUACUUGCUGUCGAUGAGAAUGGUCAUACCCCGGCCCUGGCUUGUGCUCCUAACAAAGACGUGGCUGACUGCCUGGCCCUCAUUCUGGCUACCAUGAUGCCUUUUUCUCCUCCCAGCACAAUGACGGCUGUCAACCUGGUUUGUUUUAGAAAAGACAAUUUGAGCAGGACGACCCUCUCCUCCAGUCUGGGUCGCAGAGUCAGUCUGUGCAGUAACAACUUGGGCUCUGAGGACGGGUACAACGAAAACGAUUCUGAUUCGGAAACGUUCUGACUUGGGACUGUAAAAGGCGUUUCCUCCAUGACCUGUGUUGCAGAAAGGGGCGGAAGCUUGAAUUCCAGAGUUAUGCUGUAUUCGAGUACUUGAGGCCAAGCUUCCAGAAACCUGUAGAAAGGGAAUCGUCUAACCAAAAGAGGGCAGCUAGGCUGUAGGCUGGAGCACACGCAGAGAGGCCUGCCUGGGUUGGGUCUUGUUCCGUAUUUUCUUUAGGUGUAAGGUACUUCUGUGAAAGCCUACCUCUGAUUUUAAGUAAGGAAAAUUUCUAAGUGUUUAAUUCUUUGUCUUUGGGGAUAAUGCAACAGAGAGACAAAUGUUCAGUCUAAAGAUUUCCUUUUUCACGUUCUCACCAGUGAGUUCUGUGAGGUCUAUCAAGUGACAUUCGUGUCCCCUGGGAGGGGAGGGAAGAGCAGAUAGGAAAUGCCUGUACCCUCUUCUCACGCUGGUGUUUACUUCCUCACCAGAAGCCAAAGGUCAAAGUUCACCUUCAGCUGUAAUGCCUAUAAUCACCCUCUUAAGGGAGUCCAUCUGACCCCGCCUCCUCAUAGGAAGCAUGUAACUGCCCACAACUUCCUCCCAAGAUCUUGGCUUAAGUUGCCAGAUGAAUGUGAACCUUGACCAUGCUUUCUUGUUAAACACAAAGUAGCACCCAGGACUCUCCUUAAGAAAUCUGUGAGUGAUUUUUCAAUGGAGUAAUGGAUCCCAAAUGUAUGCAAUAGCAUUUCAGGUGAAAUUAAAUUGUGCCAAAACUUGAAACAAUAUGCAAGUCAAGUAGGAAACUGCCGUUUAGUGGGUUUGCUCUUCAAUGAAAACACUGACUUCUGUAAGGGUGUCAGGGCUAGCACUGCCCUUCAACGGUAGAUUAGGAAAUAACUGCUCGGUCAAGGUCCUGGCAGAGGAGGGACAGUACUCCUGUAGAAGGGAACGGAGGAAGUGAACGCAGAAACGGUUGAUGUGGAAGCGCAAGCCAAUUGCCCGUUGUGGGUCAUGAAAUCAGCGUGGUGAAUACUGUGUCUGCUCCCUUUGCCAAAGCCUCUAGGUCAAACGGACCCCGCGCUUCGCCUGGAACAGCUGUACAAAAGGAAGAAUGAGACUUUAAGAAACACGCAUAUAUACACGCACACGUGUGUAUAUUUAUGUAUGCACUCCAUCCACCAGCUACCCAUGAGGACCAAAACGCUUCUGCCUAAAAUGGGAGAUUUUGAACUUUUUUCUUUCUAAAUGCAAGUGAGGACCGCAGUAGCUUUUCUAUGGGGUUAAAAGUGUAAUUUUUUUUUUUUGCAUACCAGUCUUUAUUGUAGUUUAUAUUUCUAAUGGCACAGAUUUCUAGUUGCUGGCUUGACAUUUGUAAUUGAUGAUGUGUUGACCACAGGUUUUGGUUUUUGUGUUGUUUUCAAACUAGAGAAGAUGUCUGUAUACUUUGAUGUAAAUGUGUUUAUAUUUAUUUGAAAUGAAACAAAUGCUGAGGAAAUAUCCACUGUUUAGGCUCUCUCUCUCUCUUCUCUCUCUCUCUUCUCUCUCUCUCUCUCUCUCUCUCUCUCUCUUCUCUCUCUCUCUCUCUCUCUCUCUCUCUCUCUCUCUCUCUCUCUCAUUGCUAUGUACCUUACUUAGAAUAAUAAACUAAGUGGGAAAUACCCCCGACCGACUCCAGGCUGGCCAGUAGCUCUGGGGUAGGCCCAGCGUUUCCCACUGACCACCACCAGCUCUCCCUCAGGUUUGCUCACUGCUUGCCCCAUGCCGUAGCCUCAGAGAACCCUCCUGCGAGAUGAAAACUGAUGUCGCGGGUUAUAUACACGAAGGUAGCCCAAAGAAAGACCCAGAGGCUACAGAAACAACACCAAAAAUGUCACAUGGUCCUGGCACUUAAUGGGAACUCUGCCGAGUGUGGACACCGUGUCAAGACAGGGAACCGAAACCAGACACACAGGCCGAGGCCCACGUGCUGUGCUCCACGUGCAGAGGAGUCAGAAAAGCGAUCUGGAGCACUAGGGCCCAGCUUUCCAGUGUUUUACAGUAGGUUCUGUCUUCUCCCUCGAUUUUUCUAUUUUAUAGUAUUUUAAGAGUUUUAAAAACAGUGCUGUAGCACAUCUGGACAGUGUAUGCUAUUGUUUUUGUCAAGCUUGGAGACUUUACCCUUACUCUUUUACUAUCCUGGAUUCAGUUAAAAGUCACGUUGUUUCUUCACAUAUGACAACUUGUUUGGAGGUUUUUAUAGAACUGGUAUUGAUUUUAUCAAACAAAUCUUACACCAGCAACAUUUUUUUUUUUUUUUUUUACAUUCUUGGAGUGAAGGUGUGAUGUAUCCCUCCAUCUGUUCCUUUUGUUUAGAGCCGGUGUGUUUUUAACAAGUAGACAGACUGCUAAUGAGCAGCAGUGACCUUAUCUUUAGGGAACCCUGCAGAUUAAGGGAGCUUUCACGUUGAAGAAGUGUGAUGUACUGUGCUGUCCUGUUCUAGAAGUGAGUGGAAGUCUUGCUGGGUUGGCGUUUAAAGCAGGAAACGAAAUGCCUGCUCUGGUAGUGUCGCAGCCGAGAGCAAGGGGAUCACUUCAGCAAAGCACUGUCCUAGCCGGAGCCAUGGAGCUGUGCUGGCCUUCCCUGGCUCUUUCUGAGAGAGGGACGACAGAGGAACACAAUGAAAUCAAGCUUACAAAGAGCCAUUCUUCUGAGUUGGUCGGUCUGUCUGUCUUUCUCUCCUCCUCUAGCUCUGUUCCCAGCCCCCCACAACCCAGUAAGACCAAUCUUUUUUAAAGAAAUAACUUUUAAAAACUAUAACUUCUAUGUUUUUCAGUUGUCUCAUAAAUGUUUGCAACAUUGCUUUCCGAAAAAAUGUGUUUUUUUUAAAUAGAGUCUGAGUUGCUCAACGCUUUUACCUAAGUGCAUGGUUUUUAGAGUGUAUGUUAACCACAGCCACAAGGACCAUGUUUGAUUGCACUUACCUAUUCACUGGUGUCUGCUCAGCUCUGGUAAAUUCAUUACUAUCUCCAAAUUGCCUAAAGUCCUAGUAAAUAAUAGCUCAGGGGAUUUCUAUUCAUCACUACUAAAAGGGCACCAGAGUAUGUUUUGGUACUUUGGGCAGUCAGCGGCCACGUGACUGUACGUCUCUCUAGAACAAGCACACCGAUAGAUUUGCCGCACUAGUUACGCUCGUGCGUGUGAGCGAGCGAGCGGCUUGGUUGGCGCAUCCAUAGCGCUGGUUGAGGAACUCAUCCCUUUGUGGUCUUGUGACAUGACGUUAGAGUGCCUUUCAUAUUUGUAUAUCCUGGAAAUGGUCCGUGAAACGUUUUGUAUUUUUUCAUUUGAGUGUUAUUGGAGCAAUACAAUCCUAGUGAGUUUUCCUUUCUUUGAAUGUACCAAGUGUCUCCUUUCCGGUUUGCCCCCUUCUCUGCUUUGACAUGAAAAUGCUUAAGUUUUCUAUAGGAAUUAUGUUUGGCUCUGCAGUGCUAAAAAUGCUUUCUUCUUACAGAACUGUAAACCAUAGGUCAGUAUUAUAGAGGAACAGCGUUUUAAGAUAGUGACAAUCUGAGCGUGUGUGUAAAAUGUAAUUCUGUGUGUUUCCUAUGCAGUGAUCUGGGGAUUCAAUGCAAGUAUCUCUUGUUUGGUAGUUUUGUCUACGGACUACGCUUCAGCAUGUGCAAUAUACCCUUGCAAAGCACGAUGACACACAUCUUGUGCCAGUGUUAUAUUUUGUAUGACAUAUUUGUAACAACAAAAACUAUUAUGUGAUGAUUUUAGUGGGAUUUUUGUCUGUAUGUUUAACAUGUAAAUUGGAGUUGAAUGACUUUGGUAAAUGUCAUGAGUGUAAAAGUGAGGAAAAUGGCUUUCAGUUCAGUGAAGGACUUUGAACCAGUCUGACUCUCUCCAAGCACAGUUUAGUACUUUGCAACUACUGAAUGCUUUAAUAAUGGAAUGAAGUACUUACCCGUAAUAUACUAUGGACAUGCAUUCAGAUGGUUAUUUUUACAAAUAAAAACGGUACAAAUAAU